AAGUUUAAAUUUACCUCGGGAUCAUUCUGUGAUCUGAAUCAUAAUUUGGUUUGCCUUAUUCACCGUUUUCGCAAAACCAUUAACACAACAAACUGGAUAUAACGUAUAUUGAAGAAAAAAAAGGAUGAUUCAGAGGCAAUGAAAAUCGUUUGAAGGUUGCGCAAACGCACGCGACUUGACCUCCCCUUCUCGGAAAACGGUAAAGUCGCAAUAAUAAUUCUACAAGCGCACACACUCACUUUUUCAGCUCGAAUCAGUGGGAGGAUACUCUCGCCUAGCAUAGACAAAGAACAAUCGUUGGCUCGAUUCUAGUCGAGUGUAUUUUAUUCGCAGCGCCUGAAAUCGCCAAAAACAUCAUACUUCCCAGUGGCGCCUGCAAUGUACCCGCGCGUAUACGUACGUAAAUGCGGCUUUUGUGUUCCCUGUCGGCGUCGCGUUACCUUUAUGCGGCCAUUUGUCGUCGCCAGUUGACAUCGACCGAAUUCGGUCGACCGAUCCGGUUGACGAAAGUCGAGUAGUGCCAGAUGACGUUUAACGCUAUUGUAUAUUCUAAAGGAUAAAAGUGGCCACCGAUCGGACAGGAUUGCAGGGCUCUAUGUGUGUGUUUCCUUGUUCUCAAUGCAACGGCAGCGAAUGAUGUGUUAUUCGCCGUCGAUUGUUGUGCUCAGUGAAGAAGAAAUGGUUACACAACAUCGCCAUCUCCAUGGAAUUUGAGUCUGCUUUGGCAUCCGGAUGAAAAAAAAAAUCCACUGCAACCAUGAAGAGAAUCAAGUGAUUGUGUGAUCGGGUGAAGCCAGUCAACCAAGCAAAAAAAAACUAAGAUAUAGAGCAAAAAAUAUACAUAGGAAGGUAAGAAAAACUCCCAGAGAAGUGAGUCAUUUCGAAUAUUGAUUUUGAAGGCAGAGUAGUGUGAUAUAUCUCCAAAAGUGUGAGUGCACCGUAGUCUGAAAUUUCUGUCGCGUAAUUUCAUCGUCGGCAAAGAGUUGCAGAAGAAACCAAUAGUGAGUGUCAACACGAAGGAGGUGGCCUUCAGGCGCUAGGGAAAUACGCAGUGGGCUGGAAAAACGCUCACCUUAAGUCGAGGUGACUUGUGGGAGAAACCGGAAGAAAAACUUCAAAGUGAUUGUACGCCACCUUUUUGCGUUUUGAUCCGCGUGUGGCACGUGGUUGUGUGAGCUCCAGAGUUUCCGUGGGGAACAUAAUGUAUGCAUCGUUUCUCUGUAUCACCGGAAGCAAAGAGUAACGACUGCCAGCAGAGCCACCGGGGAAGUAAACCACCUAACUCCCGUCCUAACAUAAGGAAAGGAAUCGACCGCCCAAAACGGAACCUUUGGAGAACAUGGAAGGCUCGGGCGAUGGGUCACCUCAAUCAUCGAUGUGUAUGGUGAAGGCGGCCGAGCUCUUCCCGAAGCCCGUACUCGAGAAGGAAGAGGAGAAGUUAACCGUACGCUUCGCCGAAUUGGCCGGCGAAUCCGUAAAAUAUCUCGGUCAAACCGACGACGGUGUUCUAGCACUGUCCAACUACAGAUUGUUCUUGCUAAAAAACUCGACCGGAGCGGAAACUUCCGUUCCUCUAGGUUUGAUCGAGUCCACUCAGGUGCGGGACCUCUUUCACCUGAUCAUCAACUGCAAGGACGCUAGUACAGUAAAAUGCUCUUUCCUCACAUCGGAACAGUGCGCCGAAUGGCAACGGCGGAUCUCGCUCUCGAUCGGUGUCCCCGAAACGUUGGAGUCACUGUUUGCCUUUCCAUUCCACGCGUGGGCUUCGGAAUCGCCGACGCUCAACCAGGAUAACGAAUGGUACGGCCGGUUGCAGCGCGUUGGCAACUACGACGAUGAUUUCCGGAAAGAGGUCGAACGGUUACAGUUCGAUCUGCAGGGAGCUUGGCGGAUUAGUCAUGCCAACGCAGAAUUCAAACUCUGUCCUUCAUACCCGAGACUGCUACUCGUGCCAGCUUGCAUAUCGGACGACACACUGCAGAAUGUCGCCAGCUUUCGGAGCUCACGUCGAAUUCCGGCCGUCGUCUGGAGGCACGACCGUACGGGAGCAGUGAUUGCCCGCUGCAGCCAGCCGGAAGUCGGUUGGCUUGGAUGGAGAAACUCAAAAGACGAGCAACUGCUGAAAGCUCUCUCGGAUGCCUGUGCAUUUGAUCGUGGGACGCAGAGCUCCCGGACACGACAUAAUUCAACCGCAUCGAACGAAAGCAGUCCACCAAGCCCCGAGGGAAGCCACGAGGAAGUGGAAAUGGAUGAACCCAAGAAAAUACUAAUCGUUGAUGCACGAUCGUACACGUCAGCCGUUACAAAUCGUGCCCGUGGAGGAGGCUGCGAAUGCGCCGAAUACUAUCCGAGUGCAGAAAUACAGUUUAUGAGUCUGGGAAAUAUCCACGUAAUCCGCAAGAGUUUCCACGCCCUGCGGCAGCUCUGCUCAUCUCAGUCUGAUAUACCAAACUGGUUAAGUUUAUUGGAGCGAACAAUGUGGCUUCAGCAUAUGUCUGGUUUGCUGGCCGCUUCGAUGGUUGUCUGUCACGCUAUCGAACGGAGCGGGCGGCCCGUGCUGGUACACUGUUCCGACGGAUGGGAUCGUACGCCGCAAAUUGUGGCCACGGCACAGCUCUGUCUCGAUCCGUACUACCGUACGAUCGAAGGAUUCCGUGUACUAGUGGAACGCGAGUGGCUUAGCUUUGGGCACAAGUUUGCCGAUCGCUGCGGGCACGGACCGGGAUCCGAUGAAACGAACGAGCGAUGCCCGGUGUUCCUGCAGUGGUUGGAUUGUGUGCAUCAAAUUCACCAACAGUUUCCAUGUAGCUUCGAGUUCGACAUGGGUUACCUGAUUAAACUGGCACAGCAUUCCCACUCUUGCCUGUUCGGUUCGUUCCUGUGCAACACCGUCAAAGAGCGGCUGGAGAACAGCGUGCCCGAUCGUACCUUUUCUGUGUGGCCCUUCAUCUCCGGGCCAAUGUACAAGAAUCACCUUUACGUGCCGAACCGGGAACGUGUUCUGUGGCCUGCGCAUAGCGUACGAGACUUGAGACUGUGGACUGAGGUCUAUCUGGGUAGCUGGGGUGGAAAUCAAAGCUCUGCCGACUAUCCGGCCAACGGUGAUGGCGUUUCCGGCCAGGAGCUGAACGGAUCAAUGACAAAAACACGUUCCUACGGCGAUCUUAUGACCGGAAUAAACGCUGGUGGCUUGACCAGGAGAUCGAGCGAUCCCAACAUGACGGUCGAUUCUAGCAUUCUCGCUGGUUCGCUGAAUCUAUCCGCGGAGAACUCCAUCGACUCGAACAUGUCGUCAGACCGGGAAAUCUCGCCGGACCUGAUCGACCAUCACACCAGCUCGCUAGCGAUGAUACAACACACUACCCAGAAACUACAAAGUCUAACUCAGGAGCUCAACCAGUCCGACGAGGAGCUGGAGAAUAACAUCAAAAACACAAAACGGGGAGCGAUCGGGGAGCAGCAGCAAAGUUCGCCGAUCGCCAACGAAAUUAUUACAUCUAGUCUCUUUGUUAAUGGAAAUAGUGAUAGUUACAACUUUAAGCCAAUUGUUCCUGAACAGCCCACAGCGCUAGCCACUGCCGUGGUUCCUCAGUCGAGUACUCCACCGCCGCCGGCGAUUCAACGGCAUCAUCUGGUGGACGAGAUCGACGAAAACACGUCACGGAUCGUCAAGAUCGAGAGCUACCUGGGCGACGUGGUCGACGGGCGACCGAACGCAGCUCGUAUUGCAAAGCCCAUCCCCGCUACUGACGCGAUCGGUGGCUUCGGGUCGACUGAUAUGAUGGAGAGUGUAGACUUGAGCGGAAAAUCCCCUUCGCCACCGACGGUACCACCGUCGCCCCAGCAUGCCGGGGCGAACCUGUGGCACGGUUCAGUCGAAACCAGUACCGACACGCUUGUCCCGCUGGAUCAGUACCCAUCACCGAAACGGAUCACCAUCAAUCGGCUGGAAGCAAGUAGCUUAGAAUCCGACGACUGCGAGGAUGCUGCGGACACUAAAACCACUACCGCACUGGCUGAGAGCACUUCGCUAGAGGAUAACAUCGUCGAUGGUAUUCGCAAGCCAGAGGAUAGUAUUAGUUUAGAUGUAGCUAAUAGCAACGGUAAACAUGACCACCACAAAGACUUGAACAUUAGUAAUGGGAGCGAUUUUACGCCUAGUACUACUAGUGCUACUGCUGCCGCUCAGACUGAUGAUAGUAACGGAUGUGAUCUAUUUAGUGAUAGUAAGGAUAGGAAAAACUUCAAUCAUGGUAUAACCAGGCAAGAAAAUAAUCAAAAUUCUAUACCAAAAGAGCAUGUUGAUAGUCGACUAAGAAAUACCAUCCCGGAGAUACAAAACCGAGCAAUCAAUUCUUUACCCGCCGCUCAGCCGCUUGCUGCAGUGCAUGGUACCGAUGUGAAGAAACAAAAAUACUCGAACCUGAUGGACGAGAGUAUCAUCAUUCAACCGCAAUUUCAACAAUUGGAAAUCAACGGAAAGCAUCUAACAGAAACUGGUCCUUCUUACCAGCAACAACAUUGUGCUCCUUUUCCGUAUCACCACCAGCAACAGCAGCAGCAGCAGCAGCAUCAGCAUCAUAGUCAACUAAACCACAAUGUAGUAGCAGCGGGAAGCUUACUGAUUCAACCGCAGCAGCAGCAGCAACAACAACUGCAACAACAUGUUGCUUUAUCCCAUUAUCAACCGCAAAACCAACGACGGAGACGAAAUUCAUCAAACUCGAAAAACGACAUGAGUCCCAAUAAACCUACCAAUGGAAGUAUAUCCCCAAGUGCCACAAAUUCUCGCUUCUCGACGCCGGGCGCCCGCUCACUGCCACUGACGCCACCGAGCGUGCCGUUCUCGACCGAGCGUCCCCCUGUAGCUGCACUCUCCUGUCCGGAUGGCCUUGCCCAUGCCCUAUCGGAGCAAAACUUACGACUACAGCAAAUCGUCUACGAGCAUAGGCUCCGCGAAGAAGCACUCCAGCGAGAAUUGUACGCAACCCGGCUGGCCCUGUUGAAGAAAACCUGCCACAACUGCAACAACCAGCAGUACGGUAACGAUGAUCCGGUGUACAUUAUCCGUGGUGGUUGUGACGAAGACUCUGAAAACACUACUGAACAGCUAGUUAGAAUAGACACUUCCCGUAGCUGUCGUACUAACGAUCCAUCGUUAGCGACUUGGACAAUGAUGAUGAUGAUGAUGACGACAACGACGACGGUUACAGAUGAAUGUAGCAAGGAGUGUACCUCCCCGAACGAGGGUGAUGGUAUAAACGAUCAGUUUCUAGCCCUUAGAGAGCGAUGGGAAAGGUACAGGGUGCCAAUUUCCCGUACCGAGAAAAUUUGUACCACUAUUCGUAAGCUACUAGCGAAAGCUAGAAUGAAACGCAACAGACGUAGACGGUGUCAAUUGUUGGAUUCGUUGACAUCCAUGGUCGAUUCAAUAAUAGAGAAUGCUUCCAACUGCUCCUGGGAAGCGGUUGACGAUCGCAGUGCACCCUCCUCGGGAGCUAAUUCGUCCCAGCAGAUUACCAGUAGCGUGCUGUGGGUACCGGAUCAUGCCGUUUCGCGAUGCACCACCUGCCAGAUCGAGUUUUGGCUGGGACGUCGAAAGCAUCACUGUCGCUCGUGUGGGCAGAUUUUUUGCGCUGACUGCUCCGAGUAUUGGGCACCCCUGCCAGACGAGAAGCUGUUCCAGCCGGUGCGACUGUGUGGCCCCUGUUACCAGAAUGUUAGCGGAAAAAUGGCUGGAAGCAACCAGCAAUCGGCGAUGAACGGUAGCGCGAUUGUAAAUAGUAGCAGCUUAAGCAGCCAGCAUGGCAAUUUCAUGAACGGAAGUGUCCUAGUAGCUACCACCAAACAGCACAACGGUUCGUCAGCAUCUACGCCCGCGGUUAGCCACGAGGCGAACAACAACAGUGUUGCAGCCGCACUGUUAACCACGAUCAACAAUAGCACGGCUGCGGCGAGCAGUCUGUCAAACAAUUUAGAGAACUGUAUGCACACUGCUCCCGCUACAAUUACAAGCACGUCUUGCAGCGUUAGCGCCAAUAGUAAUUCCGAUCGAGGGACAUGCAAAGCUACCACAGCUACCAACUAGAAGCGCCGUACUGUUAUCCCUCGUCCCAUGUAAGAGUCCUGUUGUUUAAUUUUACCUUCGAAACUAUUUAUGUAUUAUUUGUUCUGUAGUUUGUUUUUUAUUGUUUCUACCUAUUUUUGUCAUCACACUAAUUUCACUUUUAUUUAAAACAUUAUUUUAUCUUUAAAUUUUUAAACGAGGGUUAUCUGAGAGAAUAUUGAUUGUCGUUAAAACAUGGAUGCAAUGUAUCAUUCUCAGUUUCCACACAUGCAUAAAAGAAAUACAUAUGAAGGUUAAUUGUACUAUUACAGAUAGUGCUUUUCUGCAAAAAGAGGUAUAUAAAAUGUUAAAAAUGGUAUAAUAUUGAUAUGAACGUCAGCAAAGCUAAAUUACAGUGAACAGCAAAAAAAAUGAAUCGUAUAGAAGCAUACACACACACUAGAUCAAAAACUAUUAGGAAAAAAGCUAUAGCAGCAACACACGAUUGUAUACAGGCAAAAAACAUUAUUAGUAAUAAAUAAAUUCAAUGAGUGAAUACUUACCUGUACGAGGAAAAGCUA